AUGGUGUUUGUGGUGCUGCUGUUGCUAUUACUACUUCAAAUGGGUUGCACACCAGAUUAUAACUGCACUGGAGAUGAUCCGGUACAGAUUCCACAUGAAUGGUAUCAACCAAGUGAAAUCAUAAUUGGUGGAAUAGUGUCUCAUAUCUACUUUCUUUUAACUGAAGUUUAUUUCCUGAGACACCCUUCAGAGGAGGAGAUUAAUGUCAAAAUGAUGGUGCCACAAUUUUACCAGCACAUCCUGGCAAUGGUGUUUGCCAUUCAUGAAAUCAACAACAAUCCCAACAUCUUGCCCAACAUCACUCUUGGGUUCUACAUCUAUGAUAACUACUACGAUGCAAGGAUGACCUAUCGUACCACACUGGACCUCCUUUUUAAAUCACACCAGUUUUACCCUAAUUAUAAAUGUGGCAGCAAGACACAUCUAAUGGGAGUCAUUGGUGGACUUAGCUCUGAUACCUCCUCACAGAUGGCAGAUGUCUUAGGCCUUUACAAGAUUCCACAGUUUUCAUAUGGCUCAUUUCAACCAGCAGUGAAUGGUCAGAUUGGGUUCCCCUCCUUUUACCGCAUGGUUCCCAAUGAAGCCCUUCAGUACCAGGGAAUUGUCCAGUUACUUCUGCAUUUCAAAUGGAAAUGGGUUGGGCUCAUGUCUAUUGAUGAUGAUGGUGGAGAACACUUCUUGCAAACCAUAGAGCCAAUGCUUUCCAGGAAUGGAAUCUGCUCAGCCUUCACAAAUAAAGCUCCAAUUAACAUGCGUAUAUUCGAAAUGAAUGAAAUGUCAGAAUACAUUAUGGAUAGUAUUCCUGUUUUCAGGGACAGCAAAGCCAAUGCUGUUGUCAUAUAUGGAGAAACUGCAAACAUUAGAUGGUUGGCCGCCAUUAUCUUGGGGAUAAAAGAAUCUCUUCAGCACAAUGAGAAGACUUCUUUUGGAAAGGUAUGGAUUACAACAGCCCAGAUUGAUUUUGCACUUUACACAAUGCAAAAGGCAUGGGAUAUGCAAAUGUUCCAUGGUGCUAUUUCCUUCACAAUCCCUGCAAAACAGCUUCCAGGUUUCCAAAAGUAUCUUCAAACUGUAAACCCUACUCAAACAAAAGGAAAUGGUUUUAUCAAAGACUUCUGGGAGCAAGCGUUCGACUGCUUCAUUUCAAAUCCCAAUAUGCCUGCAGAUGAAACAUGUACUUGUGAAGAAAGGCUGGAACAUCUUCCUGGGCAAUUUUUUCAACUGAAACUGACUGGCCACAGCUACAGUAUCUAUAAUGCUGUUUAUGCUGUGGCACAUACUAUACAUAUCAGGCAUUCAUCCAACCAUAGAAAAAUGGACGAUGGAAGCAAACUAACCCCUUGGAAAGUGGGACCCUGGCAGCUCCAUUCAUUGCUUAGGAAUAACCCAUUCAACAACAGUAUUGGAGAUGAAGUUAUGCUUAACCAACAUGGAGAAUUUGCAGCUGGAUUUGAUAUUACAAACACAGUCACUUUCCCAAAUAACUCUUAUGUCAGAGUCAGAGUGGGAAGGCUGGAUCCUCAGGCUCUUCCAGGAAAAAUGCUCACUAUUAAUGAGGAGAGACUUAAGUGGCACAGAGAUUUGUCAGAGGUGCCUCCAUUGUCCUUAUGUAAUGAUCAGUGCUAUCCUGGGUACAGCAGGAAAAAGAAGGAAGGGGAGAAAUUUUGUUGCUAUGAUUGUUCUCCAUGCCCAGAAGAGAGGAUUUCAAACCAGGAAGACUUGGAUUACUGUAUCAAAUGCCAAGAAGAUCACUUUCCAAACCCUCACAAAGAUCACUGCAUUCCCAAGAUUCAAAGAUACUUGUCUUUUGAAGAUCCUUUGGGCAUUACCUUAGCUUCUUCGUCUCUUCUCUUUUCUCUGAUCACAUCUCUGGUGCUUAGCAUUUUCAUCAAGCUACAAGACACUCCUAUCGUCAGAGCCAACAACCGGAACCUCACCUACCUUCUCCUCAUUUCUCUUCUCCUUUGCUUCCUCUGUGCUUUGUUAUUUAUUGGACAACCCAGUAAUGUGACCUGCUUCCUCAGACAAACAGCAUUUGGCAUCAUCUUCUCCAUUGCUGUUUCUUGUGUUCUAGCCAAAACUGUUACAGUGGUUGUAGUUUUCAUGGCCUCCAAGCCAGGAAACAUUUUUCAGAAAUGGGUGGGGAAAAGAUUGGCACAUUCUGUGGUUUUGUGCUGUUCUCUUGUUCAAGUUGGCAUUUGUGCAAUUUGGUUGGGUUCUUCUCCUCCAUUCCCAGAUUUUAACAUGUAUUCAGUAACUGAAGAAAUCAUAGCUGAAUGUAAUGAAGGGUCAGUCACCAUGUUCUAUUCUGUCUUGGGCUACAUGGGCUUUCUGGCCACUGUCAGUUUCAUUGUGGCUUUCCUAGCCAGGAAGUUGCCUGACAGUUUUAAUGAAGCCAAAUUCAUCACUUUCAGCAUGUUGGUCUUCUGCAGUGUUUGGGUCUCCUUUGUUCCAACCUACCUCUGCACCAAGGGAAAAUACAUGGUGGCUGUGGAGAUCUUCUCUAUUUUAUCAUCUGGUGCAGGGUUAUUGUGUUGCAUCUUUGCCCCCAAAUGCUACAUUAUUGUGUUCAGACCUGGUUUGAACAAAAGAGAACAGUUAAUAAGAAGAAAAUAUUAA